UGAUUUGUGUGAUUAUUAAGUUAAUUCAGGAAGAUCUAAGCGGAAUUAUGGGCUCGUCUCUGGUUCCAGUGAUCAUUGCAUUGAUUUUAUUGGAGAUUCACAAAAACUCAGAGUGUCAUAAAAUAGAGGUGACCCCUGACCCCGGGACCAUAGUGAUCUUCAGUAAGAAAGCUGCUCAGGCAGCAGACUGCAGUGUUUGUAAGGGUGAAGGCCCAUCUCAAACCUGUAACUCAAUACUGAGACUUACAGAACCUCAAACCACCACUGUGAAUUUCAACUGCUCCCAACCGGGUGAUGUCUUUACUGUGGAAAUCAACCAAGAAAUCGAUUGCACGGUAACGAGCUGCAACAACAUCGAUGCCGUACAUCCAGAUUCUACCCGAUUCCUAGAGUUCACUAGAACAUUCACUUGGGACCUGAAGGUUCAGUCAUCCAAGACGGUCCAGCUGGACUUCCCAGCCCCAGGAAUGAGGCAGAUCAAGCCUUCAGAACCUUGUCCAAACAAGCACACAUACACUCUCAUUACAUACCAGCGCACAGGACCUACCCCUAUUGGCACGUUUUGUCGGAACGGUACUAUCAGUCGUAUCCAGGUCCUCUAUAAAGGACGUGUAUCUUUGAAUGUUCCCAAAGGCACAGACCUGAACCCAUCUGACUUUAAAGUGUCCAUUGGAGCAGAGACAAAAGCGUUGGUUGAGGUGGAUGCCAAGCUGCCAAGAGGACAGUCAUUUACAGACUACUUCACACCAAACUACGCUAUAGGCCUCUUCAGCGACGAAAGAAUAAAGUGGAACUUUGCUGUUGAGCCUAUGCACAAUUUUAGCAUCCUCUUUCAAGAUUACGCUGCACCUGAAUGCCAGAAGAGGGCUCUGUCACUUGAGUACACACUGGGGGAUAAGACUGUACUUACAAAGACCUUAAAGGAUGACCAGCCGGCCAAUAAACAGGGAGAUUUUAGCCUGACUUUGGCCAAUUGUGAUCAAAAGAAAGGGACAAAAGGGCUUUCAUUGAACUUCAGAGUGUCUGUGUUCCGGAGUGGGAGCCCAUAUCUUUGCACCUUGGAUCUCCAGAACGAGGAGGGAUUGAGCCUCCAAAUAGAAAAUAAAAAUCCGAAGUCUUACUGUGAAAUGAGUAUGAACUCGGUGGUGCAGGAGAAGAUAGUGGUACCUGCGGGAACCAAAGCUGACUUGUCCUUCCUCGACUGCCCUGUUGAGGAACUGCAGCUGACGGGCACUAAAACUAUAGAUUGUAUGAGUGGGUCUACCUGUGCAGUGAGCGGGACUACCCUAACCAUUCCGAUGCUGGGCCGUACUCUGCCUGCCCCCCUUCAGCAGUUUACCUGGCUCCUCCGUGUAUCUGAUCAGAGCACUAUGGAUCUCACCUCCCCUCAGGGAAACCUACACCAAUCUGUACUGGAGAAGGAGUGCAACGAAGGGGUAUCCCUACUUGUCUCUGAGAGUGAUGGCUCUAACAUUGGCCAGUUUUGCUCCAUUGCCGAAGGUGCUAUCCAAAAAAUCCAGAUCAAAGCGAAUGUUUCCAUUACCACGAUGCCCAAAAGUAACAAGGACCUGAGCCAGGACAAAGGACCCUUCUUAAAGAUCACCUUGAGCCCAGAGAUCUCAGAGAAUGUAGUCUACUCUGUUUCUCCACUUGUUUUGGGAACCACAUACCUUGCAACGCCCAACUGGCCCUAUGGUAUGAAUCCUUCUUCCUCUGUCUCAUGGAUCGUGAAUGUUCCUCAAGAGCACCGGGCAGAGCUGCAGUUCACCAAUGUCAGUAAGCCCAAGUGUGACCCAGGGCACACCACAGUUGAGAUUCGGCCGCUGGGCUCAAAUGGGCAAUUGCAGUCCUGGAGAGAAGAUCAAAGUGUCCCCAACACAGUCAUUCAACAACAGAGCUUCUACCUUAAUAUUUCCAACUGUGAGCCCAAAAGUGGCAGCUUUGCUGUGCUCUCAAAGGUCACUCUGCAGAAGGAAACCAGAAAUGUCUUAGGAAUUAUCCUGGCUGUAGUUGGGGUUCUGCUGAUCCUGCUAAUCACUGCACUUAUUGUAGUUUGCGUCAUUUGCAAGAAAAAGAAACCUAAGGCCAACAGGUCUUCCAUCUUUAUGCCCAGAGGAAAUGCCUUCCUUCCGGGUAAUGCCACCUUCCCCAAAACCAGAGCGGACAACGAGUCCCACGUCUACGCCUCCAUUGAAGACCCCAUGGUGUACGGACAUCUUUUGGACAAGGACCAACCUGCAGUGGACAGUGACGAUGGAGCCUGGAGCAAUGGACAUCAGGUGGACAUUUACCGUCCAUUUACAGGACCCACAGACUCCACCCCAGUGAUUACAGACUCUCCGGCGGAUUAUUCGCUGGACAGAGGGGAAGAAAGAGGAGGGGACAGGUCUUUCCUAAACCCAUCCAGCACCUUUAUGCCUGGGAGGCCUCGUACGCCGCUUCUACCACAGAGCAGCUUGGGUUUCGAAGAUCGUAGGAUGGUGGCAAACGAGUUUAACACUUUCAAGACUUUUGGCGAUAUAAAUCCUAUUCGUCUGUCUGCCGAUGAAUCCAGAUUAAAACCUCAAUCAGAUUCAGACUCGGAUUUGUUUGCUGAGCCAGACAUGAUAAGUAGCUAAUGUGUAUGAGUAUUCUCGUAAAAAACUGCAGAACAGUUUUACAAACAAUUUGACAUUCGUGUUGGAGUUCUGUGUUCAGUUCUGUGUUGAAACAAAAAUGGCAUCAGCUGCAAGCAUACACGCACACGUGAUUUUUUUUUUUUUUUUUUUCAAUGCUAAAUGUUGGCCACUCUCUCUCUCACUGCCCUAGUGGUGAUACUUGUAAUUUACAUGUAUAGUUUAUUGAAAUUUUGGUUUUACAGAUUUUUAAACUGGCUUUUAGUUUGAAUGUACAGAAUUAACGCUCUUAUCGGAGCCGCUCAAGAACCGAACUCCCUUGUGGAAGUGUUGUGACUCAUUAUUGGACAUUUUUGUUUAAACAUUGGAUGUCUGUUUUUACUGUGUGAAUUUGGCUCCUGCUUUAAAAUGUAAUUAAAUAAAAUGUCUCCUUUA